CGCUCAUGUCCGUGUUUACAAUCGAAGCGUGACGUGCAGAGAUUCGGAAGAAUACGUCCUCCAACGUAACGUUGACUGAAAGCUUUUAAAUUUACAUUUUUUUUUUAACGGCGAAAAUGUUGUCGCUGAGAGCUUUUCUCAACGACAGAUUGAUGGUAGCGGCAGACGAAAUAUUUGAGGCUGUUGAAAAGACAUUAGUCGAGUACAAAGAGGAGAUUUAUCGCUCCAAAGAUCUGGAAAUCAGUCGUCUCAGGAUGCAGCUGAAGCUUCUCAAGUCAGAGCCCAGGCUGGAGAGAUGCAUUGAAGCCCAGCUGCAGCAGCACACCCAUCACCACCACCAUCAACCUCCUCCCCCUCCUCCACCUCAGGAUCAUCACUCAGCCCCUGCGGCGGAGGAGUCCCAGCACUGUGAGGAGGAGGAAGAAGAGGGCAGUAGCAUGGAGCAGGAGCACCUAGAGCCCUCGCAGGUGAAGAAGGAGCAUCAGAAGAGCCACGGGGAUUUCUGGAUGGGACAAGACGCGGCGGAGCAGCUCGAAAGCCUUGAAUCGGACAUCAAAGACUUCAUUUCAUCCCCCUCCAGCCUCAGAAAUAGUCUGCACGACUCCGUUUUACCCUUCCAUCCAAACAUGAACAGCAUAAACAACAACAGCAGCAGCAGUGGAGAGGAGGGCAAAGAGAAGCCCUACUGCUGCUCCGUGUGUGAGAAGCGCUUCAGUAACUGCUCCCACCUCGCAGCUCACAUCAGGACACACACAGGAGAGAGGCCAUACAUGUGCGAAAUAUGCAGAAAGACUUUUAUCACAACAAGCGCCCUGAACAGACACCAGACGAUACACACUGAAGGCAAACACUUUGUCUGUAAUUGCUGUGGGAAGUCCUUUAAAUGGAUGGAGUCUCUCGGCAGGCACAUACGAAGUGUGCACAAGAGAGAAAACAUUCCUGAGUGAAUCUUUAAAUUACAAUGAUGUCCAAUAGGUAUACACAUUUUUUUUACUGUGGGCCUAUGACUUGUAUUUAAUAGUGGAGGGGACAUAAUGUAAUGUCUGUUUUCUAUGUUUAGGUUUGGUAAAUGUGCAUGGACCUCAUGUAGCCUUGUGGGUAGAAACAUUGGCUGCAGGUAAUAUGUGUAAAAAUACAUUCAGAUGGGUUUCAUUUUAUUUUAAAAAUGAACAUCAAUGUAUUGUCUAAAGAAUAAAAUGUGAAUAUUUGAUUUUUUUUUUUCGGUUAUGUUUUUUAGUUGUAAAGUCCUCCAGUAGGUGGCAGUACCAUCAUCCCAUUCACAAUUUCCCAUCCAUCAGUAUUUGGCAGUUCACACUCACAGCAGAUCUUAAUAGAGAGAGUCCAGGCAAAACAUCUAAAAUGUUAAGUUUGUAAAUAUAGAAUCCUAAUGGUUAAAAUAAACUAAAUAUGUUUACCCAUCUGAAGCACCCAAUGUUCUUUUAUUUGAGUAUUUUUCAUUUUAGGUGGCUUUAAACUUCUAAUAACCACAUUUGUAAAACAUGAAUAAAACAAACAAAUCACAGUGACAUGGUAGAGUAUAAAGUUACUAAAACUAGCCACAAGUGCAACAUGACAGUUACUCUGACGGACAAAUCAAAAAAUAAUGUUAUAAGAGGAUCAUAAUUUUUUCUCUUCAUCCUGAGUACAAAAAAGAUAUAAUUUGAUGCCUACUCUUUUUAAUUUUGUUUUGAAAUGGGUAAGGAGUUCUGGUUCGGGGCUUAGGUUAAGGGUAAGGGGCCUGGGGUCAGAGUAAGGCAUUAGUGCGUUUGGGGGUUAGUAGUUAGGUUUUUUGUUUUUUUUUCACACAAGAAACAGUAAAAAUAUCUCCUCAAAAAAUGAGUAAUGUGCAAUUUGUUGUAUGUUGUUUAUCCUAUGUGCGCCUCUAUUAACAAAUGGAUUGUUUGUUUGCUGUUUUUUAUUAUUAAUACUUCAGUGGAGGCAGCUUACUGUACGCAACACUUGGAAGUUCAGGACAAAUUUCCCCAAGGGGACAAUAAAGUGUUGCAUAUGCUACAGUA